AUGAACCGACAGUUACGAUCAUUACAUUCUUCUUCAAAAACUCUACGAGACAAAAGAUGGAUAAACCCAGCUAGUGAUGGUGAAGAUCCUAAAACAAGGUCAAAAACUGAAGAACAAGAAGAAAUCGAUGAAACAGCCACAGAAUCUAAACGUUCUUCCUCUUCUUCCUCAUCCCCUUCCUCCUCCUCUUCCUCUUCUCCCUCCACUUCAUCAUCCGACUCUUCUUCAUCUUCCUCAUCUGAUAACCCUCCGGCAAACUCAUCAUCAACUAAAGAAAUAACGAAACCUUCCAUACCUGAAAUAUACCCUCAAUUACUCGCACUUCCCAUAACCCGGAGACCUCUUUUCCCAGGAUUCUACAAAGCGGUAACUAUAACUUCUCCGCCCGUCAUCAAAGCCAUCAGAGAAUUAUUAGCUCAUGGUCAACCUUAUAUAGGUGCUUUUUUACUCAAAGAUUCAAAUACCGAUUCGGACGUUAUCACUUCUGUUGAUGAUGUACAUCCUGUAGGUGUUUUCGCACAGAUCACAAGUGUGUUCGGAAGUGAACAAGGAAAAGAGAAAGAAGAAACUUUGACUGCUGUUUUAUAUCCUCAUAGAAGGAUAAGAUUGGAGGGAUUGGUAAAGAGUGUUUCACCACCGAUUGGUGAAAUCGUUUCUGUCAAUGAUGCUGGUCUAGAAGGAUUAGAUGAAGGGGAGGUGGUAGAUGAGAAGGAGGUGAGGAAUGAGGAGAAUGAGGAGAAUGAGGAAAUGGAGAGGAAAGGCUUGUUGGGAAACGUUUUGGAAAGGAGAAAAGAUUCGGAAGAUGAUGUAACUAGUUUUGAAAAGGAGAUUCCUACUGUUGAAGAAGUAAGGGAAGAGUUAGGAACACCACCUAGAGAUCGUGAUGAUCAAGUUGAAGACAACCCCUCCCCUCCCCUCUCGCAAAUCGGUUUCCUACACCCUCUCCUCCCUCAAAUCUCACUAACAAACGUUACAAAUUUCACAGUCGAACCAUAUCACAAAGACUCUCAAAUGGUCAGAGCUAUAAUGUCUGAACUCAUUUCAGUUUUCAAAGAUAUAGCUCAACUUCAACCUAUUUUCAGAGAACAAAUAACUUCUUUCACAAUGUCAAAUUCGACCGCAAACGUUUUCGAUGAACCUGAUAAAUUAGCAGAUUUCGCCGCCGCAGUAUCCACAGGUGAAAUACAUGAUUUACAAGCAGUUUUGGAAUCCACUUCUGUAGAAGAUAGACUUCAAAAAGCUUUAUUAAUCUUAAAGAAAGAAUUGAUAAAUGCUCAAUUACAAAAUAAAAUAUCAAAAGAUGUCGAAAGUAAAAUCCAAAAGAGACAAAGAGAAUAUUAUUUAAUGGAACAAUUGAAAGGUAUAAAGAAAGAAUUAGGUAUGGAGAGUGAUGGGAAAGAUAAAUUAGUUGAAAGGUUUAAAGAAAAAGCAAAUGUUUUAGCAAUGCCUGAAGGUGUUAAAAAAGUUUUCGAAGAGGAAAUUAAUAAGUUGAUGCAUUUGGAACCUGCUGCUAGUGAAUUUAACGUCACCAGAAAUUACCUAGAUUGGCUCACUCAAGUCCCAUGGGGUGUCCACUCUCCAGAAAAUUACGAUAUCCCUCACGCUAUAAAAGUCUUAGAUGAAGAUCAUUACGGAUUGAAAGAUGUUAAAGAUCGUAUACUUGAAUUCCUAGCGGUCGGGAAGUUAAGAGGUACGGUGCAAGGUAAAAUAAUAUGUUUGGUCGGUCCUCCUGGAGUUGGGAAAACUAGUAUAGGCAAAAGUAUUGCUAGAGCAUUAGGAAGACAAUUUUAUAGGUUUUCAGUUGGAGGUUUGACUGAUGUGGCUGAGAUUAAAGGACAUAGGAGGACUUAUGUUGGCGCAAUGCCAGGUAAACCGAUCCAAGCGCUGAAGAAAGUAGCAACGGAAAACCCGUUGAUUUUAAUCGACGAAGUGGACAAAAUUGGUAGAGCACAUAAUGGUGAUCCUUCCAGCGCCUUAUUGGAGAUGUUAGAUCCGGAACAAAAUACUUCAUUCCUCGAUCAUUAUAUGGACGUCCCCGUCGAUCUGUCUCGCGUUUUAUUCGUCUGCACGGCCAACGUCCUCGACACCAUUCCCGCCCCUCUACUCGAUCGUAUGGAAGUCCUCGAAGUGAGCGGAUAUGUAAGUGCGGAGAAGAUGAACAUCGCAGAGAGAUACCUCUCCCCACAGGCGAAAGAAGCUUCAGGAUUGAAAGACGUGGAUAUUUCUUUAGAACCAGAGGCUAUCGAGGCGUUGAUCAGAUAUUAUUGCCGUGAGAGUGGGGUAAGAAAUUUGAAGAAACAUAUUGAAAAGAUUUACCGCAAAGCAGCAUUCAAAAUUGUUUCUGACCUAGGCGAAUCCGCCCUGCCGGAACCAACUCCACUUUCCCUCGCCGAUUCUGAAGUCAGCACAGUUGAUACCCAACAACCCGACAUCAAACCAUUAUCAGAACAAAUGCCAAGCGACACUACUACUCCAGCCCCAGAAAUCAAAGUAACCACCACUCCUCGGAAACCUCUCGCAGUACCAGAAGGUAUCCACGUUAAUGUAACUGCUGAAAACUUGAGAGAUUACGUAGGACCACCUAUAUAUCAUCGAGAUAGACUGUACACCUCCCCACCCCCAGCUGGCGUCUCUACAGGUCUUGGAUAUCUAGGUAAUGGUUCUGGAGCUGUUAUGCCUAUUGAAGUCACCUCAAUGCCUGGGAAGGGUAAUCUUCAAUUGACAGGUAAAUUGGGUGAAGUUAUUAGAGAAUCCGCUCAGAUCGCUUUGAGUUGGGUCAAGUCGAACGCUUUUUUGUUAGGUGUUACGAAGAGUGAAGCGGAGGUGAUUUUGAAUGAUAGGGAUUUACAUUUGCACAUGCCCGAAGGUGCAAUAGGAAAAGAAGGUCCUUCGGCCGGAACUGCCAUUCUGACAGCUUUCGUAUCAUUGUUCACUAAAACCAAAGUCGAUCCGGAUGUAGCUAUGACUGGUGAAAUAUCUCUUGUUGGUCAAGUCCUUCCUGUUGGUGGGCUGAAAGAAAAGAUUCUCGCCGCACAUCGUGCAGGAAUCAAGAAACUAAUCGUACCCGCGGCGUGUAAAAGCGAUAUCGACGAAAACGUUCCUUCUUCCGUCAAAAGCGGUAUCGAAUUUGUUUUCGUAGAUGAUGUUCGACAAGUCUUACACGAGGUAUUCAGGGGUACAGAGGUAUCUACGAGAUUAGAAGAAAUGUUACCUGUUGGAAAUCAACCAGAAAGGGUUUGGACGGAAUGA